GAUCAGCUGCAAACAUUUCAAUCUAGCAUUCUUUUUCCUUGUUAUGCCAUUGGUAUGAGGAGCACAAGAAUAUUCUGUCAUUGUGGCGCGCGUCUGCCAGUGCCAGCUGUUAGCGUCUGCCGAAUCGAGCCACAAACAGAUCGAAAGGUUACAUCGACGAUCAUAUAAGUAUAACAUCAUAUAAUAUAAAUGCCAAGCGUUAAGGAUGAAUCAGAAGGUGAAGGGGAAGAGAUGUCUCAUGACAGUAACGAAAGUAAUCAGAGUUCUGGAUCAUGUGACAGUAGCCCAGAACAUACUGACAGCGAUGACUCGUCAGAAAUGGACGAAGACGAAUGUGAGAGGAGACGCAAUGAAUGUAUGGACAAUUUGUUGGACUUGGAAAGACAAUUUACUCUACUUAAGGAACAAUUAUAUCGAGAAAGAAUUACACAAGUGGACACAAAGCUCGGUGAAGUUCGUGUUGGAAAAUCUGAGGAAUAUCUAAUACCACUGGAACGGCUAAAAGAAAACAUGAAAACGAAAACAGAAGUGGCUGGAAUAUUAAAGCAAUAUAGAUUACAAAAUAUCCAGAAUAAAUUCCUAGCAGAAGAGUUGGCCGCUUUUCAAAAUUUCGAAAGUGAGAAAGGCUUAGUCUGGGAUUGCAUUCAUAAUGAUCUACAAGAAAAGAUUCGUCGUCUAGAGGAAGAUAGGAAUAACGUAGACAUACAUGCGGAUUUGUGGCUUAAUACGACCGGUAGAAGACGUAGGAAUCAUUCAGAGAGAAGACGAGCAGUUUCCGUCGCAGGUCCUUAUAUCGUUUACAUGCUCAAUGAUGCGGAUAUAUUGGAAGAUUGGGCAUUAAUAAAAAAAAGUCUAGGUAGCCGAAAAGCGGAAAUAAUGUAAAUUAUGUUUUGAAUACGUUGAAGAACUGUUGAAAAUAGUUUCCUUACGCGCCCAUCUUUGAUAUGAACAGGAAUUUCGUCCAACCGGAAAUGUUCUAAAAUUAGAUCAACAACUGACAUCCGUUGAGUAUCUGAUAUCUGUACUGUGUGCCUUGAUAAAAAGUAAGAGUAAUUAUUUACUAAUCUAAAUAAUUACCGAAUUAAAAUAUCAUAUUCGCCGAGUCGUACUUAUGUGGUACACUAGUGCAGGAAAAUUAUUUACAUUUGUGUUAUCGGAAGAAACAAACUCAUAAUUUAAAAAAAAUUUCACAUUGAAGCUAAUGUUGACAAAACGAGUAUUAUCGACAUUAAUUUCAAUUAAUAUGAAAAUUUACAUCAUGAGCCAAACAAUUAUAUUAAUUCAAAUUGUCUGACAUAAUUGGUUUUUAUAUUCGAUGUAUUCAUCUUCUCCUUAUUUAUUUUCAUUUAUUUCAAAAGUCUCUAUUUCUGCAGUUCUAUUAUCUAUAUUUACUUUAUAUUUUUCCAUCUCCCUAAUAUCUUAAAGAAAUCAGAGAACCAUAAACUCUCUAUUCUUUCUAUCUUCUUUUAUAUUUAAAUGAAUAUCUAUGCUUCUUUCAUCUUCUUAAUGAACUAAAAUAUUCGAUGUUUCCAAAUCAUUGCAAUUGAUAAAUAAUUUCAUAAUUUUCCUCGUUUACGAUCUAGUUAGAAAAAAGUUUUUAUUCUAAUAUUCCGUGCUUGGAACAAAUAACCGUGACAUGUAAUGUCAAAAUGUCAUAAACAAAAUCUUAUCUUAUCCAUAUUGUAAUGUAUUAGAAUUUUAUUUAAAGCCAUUUAAGCGUGCUUUGUUUACUCAAAGGCGAAUGUAAAGAAGAGUUGUAUAAAUAUAUUUUAUUAUUAUAUACUGUUUAAA